UGACUACCCUGCCCUUCAAUAAGUAGCAACUAGCAACUGCAACAGCUCCGCCGCCCAAGCCAAAAACCCUCUCCACCUUCCGGACUCCUCAACGAAUUCCCCGUCCAAAUCCUCUGUCUGCUUCCCGGCGGCCGCGCCCGAUCAAGACGAGCGCGCGCACGACGGGCGCGUCUUCUUCCUCCGAGGUUAGGGUGGGGUAACGAUGGCGGAGAACUUAGUCCUCGACGGACUCCUCGAGGUGUUCCCGCAUAUUGACUUCUCGACACUAAUAGAAGUUUCCAUACAAUUUAAGGAUGACAUUGAUAGGGCUGCAGAUUAUGUCAUCCAGAAUGUCCUCCCAAAUGUCGUAGAUAUUCAUCCAAACACAAAUGAAGAUAUUCAUGGACAUCAGCAGGCAUUUGAUGACACAAACACUCAGUUAGGGCUCGAUCCAGACAAUACAGCUUCAAGUUCGGUACAGUUUGACCAGACCAACAAAACCGCAGUUGAAAAGGAAGAUACCCUCAUGGAAAAACAAUUGAAGCCAUCACUGACUGGUUUAUGCCCUGAAGUUUUUGAUGUUCCAUCAACAUCUGGUCAAAAUUGCAUAUCUGAAGAAUUCAGUUCUGACUGCCUGCUAGCUGAUUCCCACCUGCAUGCCUCUUCUGAGAGGUACUCAGAAAAUUCUGCUUCUGAAGGUGACAUGUCGCUGCAUGAUGAUGGUUCACCUCAUGUGGCCCUAAGAUCAAGCUAUUCUUUUAACCUUGAGGCCCUUGAUAAUGUUAUUGCUGAUGAACAUUACAAAAAGAAUGCUUUGAUGUCAAAUGUUGCUGCAAUAAGUGAAAUGCUACAGGAGGUAGAGCUAAAUGAAAAAAACACAAAACGUGCUAUUUCAGAAGCUAGCCUAGCUGGCAAUGAUAUCCUUGUGAAGGUGGAGGAACUAAAAGAGAUGACAACUCUUGCAGUGGAAAAUAACAACAAGGUGGCAGGGGAGAUUUUUGCUGAAAAAUCUAUUCUUGAAACAGAAGCACAGGAGCUUCAAACUCGGCUGUUCAACAUUUCUGAAGAAACAAAAAGCUUCGUGUUGACUAUCGAUGAGAUGCAUAACACUCUUCAAACAAGACUUGCUGCCGCGGAAGCAGAAAGAGUGGCUGCUGAGAAGGCAAAACUUGAAAGAGAAGCAUUAGCUCAGAAAAGUCUAAAAGAACAGGAACUCUCACUUGAAGCUGCACAAGGGCACUAUAAAAGGCUGGAACAACAAGCACAGGAGAAUGCAAAGCUGAGAGAGUUACUGACAGACAGAGGCCAUGUUGUUGAUGCAUUGCAUGGGGAAAUGCUUGGAAUCUUUGAGAGCAUAACGCAACUUAAGCCAAGAGUGGAUAUGCAGCUUCCAGUUGAUGAACAAUGGCAACAUGUUUCGUCAAUCUUGUCUAGCACUGCUGUUGAUGAAACAGUACAACAAGUUCCAGUGGUCUUGUCUAGCUCGGCUGUUGAUAAACCACUACAACAACCUCCAUCGAUCUUGUCUAGCUCGGCUGUGGAUGAACCACUGCGGCAAGUUUCACCGAUCUCGGUUUUUGAUGAACAACUGCAUCAAGUUUCAUCAAUCUUGUCUAGCUCAGUUUCAUCAAUCUUGUCUAGCUCGGCCUAUGACAAGCCACUACAACUAGUUUCAUCAAGAUUGUCAAGUUCGGUGAGAUCAGCCAGAUCAGACGGAAGUUUCGUUGCAUCAUUAGCAUCCAAGAGCAGCUGGUCGUCUGCUGAAGAAUCGAAUGUAAGUUUGAUGGAUGAUGAGAGGACUGCUGGUGUUUCUGUUGGCGAUUUUGCGUUGGACGACAGCUGGGAUGUAGUCGACGAUGUAGAGACCAUCGAGGCCCCAAUUAGAGUCAAGAGUACACCUAUGCUGCUCUAGGUUUACUAACCAGUAUUUUCUCUCUUCAAGGACAAUUUAUUGGCAGUUGUGCCUUAAAUCGUAUCUUUGUCGGGUUGUACACUAAAGAGUCUAUUCGAACGCUAA